AUGGCUCCACCAGCAAUUGUAUUCACCGAUUGGGACGGUACCGUUACUUUACAAGAUUCAAAUGAUUAUCUCACAGAUAACCUUGGGAUGGGAUAUCCAAAACGUAAAAUUUUAAAUGAUGAUAUCUUAGAUGGUAAAAUUAAUUUUAGAGACGCUUUUAAAGAUAUGUUAGAUUCAGUUCCAAAUUCAUUUCCAGAAUGUGUUGAAAUUUUAUUAAAGAAUAUUAAAUUAGACCCUGGAUUUAAAAAAUUUUAUCAAUAUUGUAAAUCUAAAGAUAUUCCAAUUAUUGUAGUUUCAAGUGGUAUGAAACCAAUUAUUUAUACAUUAUUAGAAAGUUUAGUUGGUUCUGAAUCAUUACCCGACAUUGAAAUCAUGAGUAAUGACGUUAGAAUAGAUGGUGAUAAUUGGGAAAUUUUCUUCAAAGAUCCUGAUUCUCCAUUUGGUCAUGAUAAAGCAAAAUCUAUAAAAGAAUAUUUGAAAGCUCAUGGUUAUGAUGAUAAUGAUGAUAGUGAAAAUAACACUCCUAAAUUGUUCUAUUGCGGUGAUGGUGUUUCUGAUUUAUCUGCUGCAAAGGAAACAAAUUUAUUAUUUGCCAAACAUGGUAAAGAUUUAAUUAAAUAUUGUAUUAGAGAAAAUAUUCCAUAUACUGAAUUUAAUGAUUUUGAAGAUAUUUUAAAUAAAAUGACUGCAAUUAUCGAUGGUUCAAGUACAAUUGAAAAAUUUACUGAAAAUCCAACUUUUGAAGCAACUACAAAAUAA